AUGAAAUCAAAUGAUGGUAUUUUUAAACAAUUUUUAUUUCCUAUGUUAGAUGAUAUUCUAAAAUUUAUUGAUACGAAGAAUGUAGGAAGAGGUCGUAAAACUGUUGAUCCUGAUUUAAAAAGUAAAACUGAUCGUUUUCGCAAUCAAAUGUCCGAUGUGAUGGAAGAAACAGGAUGCAUUGAUUUAUCUGAUUUUAGACAGAUCUUUUGUGACUUUAAAAUUUUUCAACAAUCUGGUGAAAACAGUAAUGGUGGUGUUUUGAUUUUGGUUCGGAAUGGAAUUAUGGUUAAAAGAGUAGAAUAAUAUACAUUUCAAUUUUGGGAAAAGUGUUGGUGUUUUGAAAAUAUUGAUGCUUCCUAUGAUGAUUAUAUUCAAUUUCUUAGUCUUCUUACAGCUCGUUGUACAGUAGUUUUUCUGUUGAGCAAAUAUAGAAUUGCUAUUCCACCUUAUAUACGUUGCUCUAUGUCUUAUGUACGAGCUCUUUCUUUUCGUCAGAAGAGAACUAAAAGCUUAGAUUUAAAACGAGAAGUAUGUUACUUACGGAAAAUUAUUAAAAAUGAACUUAAAUUCUUUUUAUCCUCUCAACUGUCUUAUGCUCUGCAACUAAGACAUACAAGAUCUCCUAUAUCUGUCUCUUUUUGGUCAAAGGCUAAACGUUUUAUUAAACCAACUUCCUCCUCUCUUAAUGGUUUUAUUACUUCUUCAGGUGCAAUUGUGAAUGAUCCUGUUGGAAUGUGUGAUAUAGGUGCUAGUUUUUAUGAAGAUUUUUUCAGAAGAUCUGACAAUAUAGUCAGACCACAUUCUUAUGUUGAUGCACCAUUGUUAGAUUUUGAUAAUAAAGAUGAUCCUAUUCCUAAAGUAUCUUUAGAUGAAUUAUUACAGGAAGUUGAUUGUAUUUAA